UUUGCAAUUUCUCGUUUUUUUACAUUUUUUUUGUAUUUGAUUACCAUCGAAAUUCACUUUACGUUAUAUUUAUGUCUUUGUCUUGUCAAAAGACGAUGAGCAGAAUGAGCAGAAUGCUGUAACAAAAAUUAAUCUCCAUGAUUGGAUCAGUGGGACAUUUUAUGCUGAAAAGAUUAUUGAGACUACUAUUCACUCUUCGUGAGCUUACAUAACGAAACAACUACAGGUACCUGCAAUAAGAUAAUGGGAAUUUUUACACUUGGGUUUAUAUUGUACAUCCCAGAAGUUCGCCAACAGCAUAAGAUGCAUAACUUCCUUGUCAGAGACUCAUCGAAUGCUGCAAAAGACUUGCCGAGACUUUGCGGAAGGAGAACUGAAGCCAAUAGCAUCAAAGAUAGACAAAGAGCACCUGUUUCCGGCGGACCAAAUCAAGAAAAUGGGUGAACUUGGACUCAUGUCAAUAGCCACGCCAGAAUCCCUUGGUGGUACUGGCCUCGAUUACAUGGCUUAUGUAAUUGCCAUGGAAGAAAUAUCCAGAGGUUGCGCUAGUGCCGGGGUUAUAAUGAGUGUUCAAAAUUCUCUUUACCUUGGACCGAUAGAACAAUUUGGGAAUGAUUCUCAAAAAGAAAAGUAUGUGACACCCUUUACGGAUGGAAAUAAAAUUGGCUGCUUUGCUCUGAGCGAACCAGGAAAUGGUUCUGAUGCAGGAGCUGCUUCUACUACUGCCAAACUCCAAGGCGACUCCUAUAAAAUAAAUGGCACUAAAUCCUGGAUCACCAAUGCUCACGAAGCCCAAGGCAUUGUUCUGCUUGCUACCACUGACAAAACUCUCAAACACAAAGGCAUCAGCGCUUUCAUUAUUGACUCCCCAAAGAAUGGACUCACCAUCGGCAAGAAAGAAGAUAAACUUGGCAUUAGAGGCAGCAGCACUUGUUCCUUGAUUUUUGAAGACUGCCUUAUUCAAAAAGAAAAUCUUUUAGGUCAACCUGGAAUGGGAUUCAAAAUUGCGAUGAAAACUUUAGAUAGCGGUAGAAUAGGUAUUGCCAGUCAAGCUCUCGGCAUUGCCCAAGCUUCUCUGGACUGCGCGGUCGAAUAUGCAGCCAAACGAAUGGCAUUCGGUAAUCCAAUCAUCAAAUUGCAAGCGAUACAACAAAAAAUCGCCGACAUGGCUAUGAAACUGGAGAGUGCUAGGUUGCUUACCUGGAGAGCGGCGUAUUUGAAAGACAAUGGCAAACCUUAUACGAAGGAAGCAGCAAUGGCGAAGUUGGCAGCAUCAGAAACAGCGACUUUUUGUUCUCAUCAGAGCAUUCAGAUUCUCGGUGGGAUGGGAUACGUGUCCGAUAUGCCAGCAGAGCGUCAUUACAGAGACGCUAGGAUAACGGAGAUCUACGAGGGUACAUCGGAGAUUCAACGGCUCGUGAUCGCCGGUAGCAUUAUUAAGGAGUAUGGCGUUAAAUGAAAACUGACUUAUUACAUAUAGGAUGAGCCUCGGUAGAGUUUCGAGACAAGUACAUGGCCUAUCUAUAGUCUGUCGUCCCGAGCACUGGCCGAGUCCAUAUUGUCGACUAUAGACUAAUCAAUGUUUUGAUACUUCUCAUUCGAUAUUUACGUUACAAGAUAAAUCAUGGAAAGUAACUUUUUAACCGCGUUUUUUAUACAAUUGUUAAAAGUUUGAAAAGUAUAUGUUUUCUAAAUUAUUAGGCACACUAUCGAGAUAGGAGGAUAAAGAUAUUUUCUUAUACAAAUCAAUGCUGUUAUUAAGACUUUUCCAAGUAUAUCCUUUUGUAUAAUCUUGCCAAGGGUUUAAUAAAUAUGCAUAUUAUUCGCUAUUA